UACAAACCUGAACGAAAAUUCAAAGGACUGAUAACUCUGAUAAGGGCAGAACAAGGGGCGGCAAGAGAAGAAGAUGUUGGCUCCGACUACGGCAUUUCGCAGGUAUCCGAUGAACAUCAAGUAUAUAUUGUAGAAGGCGAUCACGAUAGUUUCGUUCAAGGGAAAACCUCAGCAAAAACGGUAUCUAUAAUUAAUGAUCUGAUUGCAGAAUCGUAUAAUACGUCUAUAGAAGAGGUGUAA